GGCGGCGUCAUCUGGGCUGGUGCUGCUGCCACCCUCGCUGUGCUCAGACCCAGGGAGCACCCACAGGAUCACCCACCCUCUGGCCCCACCAUGACCUCCAAGAAGCUGGUGAACUCGGUGACGGGCUGCGCUGACGAUGCCCUUGCUGGCCUGGUGGCCUGCAACCCCAGCCUGCAGCUCCUGCAGGGCCACCGCGUGGCCCUCCGCUCUGACCUGGACAGCCUCAAGGGCCGAGUGGCACUGCUGUCAGGUGGGGGCUCCGGCCACGAGCCUGCCCAUGCCGGUUUCAUAGGGAAGGGGAUGCUGACAGGGGUCAUCACAGGAGCCGUGUUCACCUCCCCGGCAGUGGGCAGCAUCCUGGCAGCCAUCAGGGCCGUGGCCCAGGUGGGCACAGUGGGGACCCUCCUCAUCGUGAAGAACUACACUGGAGAUCGGCUCAACUUCGGCCUGGCCAGGGAGCAGGCCCGGGCUGAGGGCAUCGCCGUGGAGAUGGUGGUCAUCGGGGAUGACAGCGCCUUCACCACCCUGAAGAAGGCAGGCAGGCGGGGCCUCUGUGGCACCGUGCUCAUACACAAGGUGGCAGGUGCCCUGGCUGAGGCAGGUGUGGGGCUGCAGGAGAUCACGGAGCGGGUGAGCAUGGUCGCCAAGAACAUGGGAACCCUGGGAGUGAGCUUGUCCUCCUGCAGUGUCCCUGGUUCCAGACCCACCUUUGAACUUGCAGCUGAUGAAGUAGAGCUGGGCCUGGGGAUCCACGGGGAAGCUGGCGUGCGCCGGGUCAAGAUGGCAACCGCUGACGAGAUCGUGAAGCUCGUGCUUGACCACAUGACCAACCCCUCCAACGUGUCCCACGUGCCCGUGCAGACCGGCUCCUCAGUGGUGCUGAUGGUCAACAACCUGGGUGGCCUGUCAUUCCUGGAACUGGGCAUCAUUGCCGACGCCGCGGUCCGCUCUCUGGAGGGCCGGGGGGUCAAGAUUGCCCGCGCCCUGGUGGGCACCUUCAUGUCGGCCCUGGAGAUGCCCGGCCUGUCUCUCACCCUUCUGCUGGUGGACGAGCCCCUCCUGAAGCUGAUAGAUGCUGAAACCACCGCGUCAGCCUGGCCUGCCGUGCCCAGGGUCUCCGUGACUGGGCGGAAGCGGACCAGGGCAGCCCCCACCGAGCCCGUGGAGGCCCCUGAUUCCACUGCGGCAGGAGGCUCAGCCCCGAAGCAGAUGGUGCUCGUGCUGGAGCGGGUCUGCAGCACCCUGCUGGGCCUGGAGGAACAUCUGAAUGCCCUGGACCGCGCUGCCGGUGACGGGGACUGUGGCACCACCCACAGCCGCGCCGCCAGAGCAAUCCAGGGGUGGCUGAAGGAGGGCCCACCCCCUGCCAGCCCUGCCCAGCUUCUCUCCAAAUUGUCCCUCCUGCUUCUAGAGAAGAUGGGAGGCUCAUCUGGCGCACUCUACGGCCUGUUCCUGACAGCCGCGGCCCAGCCCCUCAAGGCCAAGACGGACCUCCCGGCCUGGUCUGCCGCCAUGGAUGCCGGCCUGGAGGCCAUGCAGAAGUACGGAAAGGCUGCCCCAGGGGACAGGACUAUGCUGGACUCUCUGUGGGCAGCAGGACAGGAGCUCCAAGCCUGGAAGAGCCCGAGGGCUGAUCUGUUCCCAACCCUAACCAAAGCUGUCAAGAGCGCAGAAGCUGCAGCCCAGGCCACCAAGAACAUGGAGGCCGGAGCGGGAAGAGCCAGUUACAUCAGCUCGGCACGGCUGGACCAGCCGGACCCCGGGGCAGUGGCAGCCGCAGCCAUUCUUCGAGCCAUCCUGGAGGUCUUGCAGCGCCAGGGCGCCUGACUGCUCCCUGGGCCUCCGUGCCCCUCACAGUGGCAGAGCAGAGGCAGCCACUGCCACGUCCUUCCGCCUCCCAGCUGUCACCUCCCUGGCCUCUCAGGCCCAACCUGUGGAUCCAGCUUCCAGAACGGCUCCAGUGUAGAAGCUGCAGGCCAGUGGGUCUCCUGCCUCUUCAGCACUGCCCCUCCCUCCUCAGGAAGGGUGGGGUCUUGGGGUCAACCCACUCUGCCCCCAGCCAGCUCUGGGCUUCAGCAGCAAGGCAUUGUUCCUGGGUGGCAGCACAGCCUUUAACUGGCUUUGCUAACUCGGUUUUAAGACUCUCGGGGAAAGGCCUUCUGCACCUGACCUGAGCCAGUGCAGAAACACAAGCUAAUAAACCACAUUGACACAGCA